AUUAGGUAGUUGCAAGACAACUUCAACAAGAACUGGCUGAUACUCUGAAGAAACAGUCUAUGUCAGAGGCUUCCCCAGAGGUUGCAUCAUAUCUUUGUCUGGAAGAUGAAACACGGGAUCUCAAGAAGAAAUUAGCUCAAAUCAGAAGUCAGUUGCAAGAAGAACAGGAACGACAUGGAGAGGCCGUAAGAUAUGCUGCGGAGAAGAAAGAUCAUGUGCAAAAGCUACAGGUUAAAAAUGCCACACAAGAAGCAACCAUCAAACAUCAAGCGGCCCAAAUUCAAUAUCUUGAGAGCAACGUGAUAAAGACAAGUUUGGCUGAUGUCCUUACAACAGAACUGGAAACUACAUCUUCAAAAUGUCUACACAUGGAUGCAAAAAAUCAAGUUCUUCAACAAGAGUUAUUAUCAAUGAAAGCUUUCGAAGAAGAACGUGAAAAACUAGAGAGCAACAACAAGAAGUUACAGCAAGAAGUAGUAAAAUUGAAACAAUUUAUGGAAAUGAAUAUGGUAGAACGCAGUCAAGUGGAACAGUAUAAACGGGAGAUUGAAGAAAGAGCACGACUGGACAUAGAAGAAAAAUUACACGAAGUCAACCUGUUUUUACAGGCACAAGCAGCAGCUCGAGAAAAUUUGGACCAGGUAAGAGAAAAUGCUCAUGCUUCAACGAGAAGUCAAAUGGAACUUAGAAUUAAAGAUCUGGAAUCUCAGCUCUCUACAAUGAAGAUGUCUCAAGAAGAUUCGACUAAAACAGAGUUGGAAACCUACAGGCAACUCUACCUAGAAGAAUUAAAAGUUAGAAAGUCCUUGAGAAAUAAGCUGAACAGGACUAAUGAGAGACUGUCAGAGAGCAAUACAAAACUUCUUGUGGAGAGACAGCAGCACCAAACUUUACUCAGGACCCUUACUAUGAGCCCAGGCCUGGAACCACCAUAUUGUGGACAUUUUGAAAAUAAUUUAGUGCUCAAUGGAAACCUUACUCCAAGAGGAAACUUAGUGAUUCCUACCUUAAACCCACGGCCGUCAUAUGACGACAGGGAGACUUCUUUGUGGAAGAAAGUAAAUGUUAUUGCCUGCUAA